UAUUUUCAAAGAGAGAGUAGUAUUUUUACUCUCUUCACACAGUCAUUUAAACACCUGAGCCACACCCUUAUGGGCCAAGAACAUACCAUUCCUUAUUUUUACUUUCAUUUAAGAACUGGUUCACCAAAAACAUUCACCCAAAACGGCGACUAGCUGACUGAAAAACAAUGGCAAGUAAACCUGCUGAUUUCAGUACUGGACAAAAUAAUCCAUCUUUGAGGAUCGUGUUGAUCGGUGGAAGAGAGUUAAAAGGAAGUAAAAGCUCAACUGGAAACUUUAUUCUUGGUGAAAGCGUUUUUGACAACAGUAAAAGAACAGCUCAGAGUGUGGUGAGGCAGCGGCAUGUACUUGGCAGACAAGUCACUGUAGUGGAUACACCAGGGUGGUGGUGGCAUUUUACACGAAAAGACACCCCAAAGUUGGAUCAGCUAGAAAUCCAGAAUAGUGUCCAUUUGUGUCCUCCGGGGCCUGAUGCCUUUCUUCUGGUAAUCCCUUUUGACAUAUAUUUGUCCCAGAUCUGCAAAACAUCAUUUAAAGAGCACCUGAAGUUUUUUGGUGCCGAAGUGUAUCGUCACACUAUUGUACUGCUCACUUCAGAAGUUCCAUGUCCUGACAAAAAUGUAGAAUUCAAAAUAAAAACAAGCUCAACACUGCAGUGGAUUCUUCAGAUGUGUGGAGACAGAAAACAUGUUCUCAAUAUCAAUAAUAAAGAAGACAGCAUGCAAGUCUUGAAGCUUUUUGAGAAAAUCGAGGCAAUGGUUUCACACAACAGAGAGACUCCCUAUACAGUGGAUGCUGCUCAUGGAAAUGCUAUCAGAGAAACCAUAAGAACUUUGUCUGAAAGAGCCUCAGAAAGAGUCAACAAAGUGGAGAAACAAAGAAAAAAACUCAAAGCACUGAUUGAAGGCGGCAAAGCUCCCCCACCACAUUUGAGAUUAGUGCUAAUUGGUGCUCAGUGGGCAGCCAGGAGCUCAGCAGGAAAUACCAUUUUGGGAAGAAAUGCAUUUUGUGUAAAUGACCAUAGCAAAAGAACAAUGCGCGGUGAGAUUGUCAGCGGGAUGGUCCAGGGAAGAAGACUGACAGUGGUGGAUUCUCCUGGCUGGCUCUACAACAACAGCCUUCAGGACUCCAAUGAGAUGGACAAACUUGAAAUAGAGGACAGCAUGUAUCUGUGCCCACCAGGACCACAUGCAGUGCUCCUUGUGAUUGUCUUGGCAACAGCAAUCAAUACAUCAUACCAGAACACAGUCCGGGAACACGUGAGUCUUUUUACAGACGACAUCUGGAAGCACACUCUUGUUCUGUUUACUAGAGGAGACUGGCUGGGAGUGAAAACUGUGGAAGAGCGAAUAGAGAGUGAGAAAGGUCUGCAGUGGCUGGUGAACAAAUGUGGGAACAGAUAUCAUGUCCUUAACAACAUGGACCACAGCAAUAAGAGGCAGGUAAAGGAGCUUCUUGAUAAGAUUGAAGAGAUGGUUGCAGGAAAUGAUGUUCCUCAUUACGAAGUUGACCAGGGCCGUGCAGCACAGAUAGAAAAGGAGAGGGAUGCUGCAAAGAAGAAGGCCAAAAGGUUGAAGAAAAUGACAGAACGACAGUCAAGAAUGCUGAAAGAGCUGUUUGAAGGGGAGAAGCAGCCAAUGAAUGAUAUACGGGUUGUGCUUGUCGGCCGAAAAGGGUCAGGAAAGAGUGCAGCGGGAAAUUUAAUGCUGUUCAACGAGGUUUUUGAAACUGAUUUUACAACAGUAUGGUUCAAGAAGUAUAAAGGAAAAACUGCAACAUGCGUGAAACAACAAGGAAAUUUUGAUGGAGUAAAAAUCACAGUUGUUGAGGCACCGGGCUGGUAUAUCGACAUGACAACACCUGACUGGCUUCAAAAUGAACUUCUCCACAGUGUCUCAAUGUGUGCGCCAGGCCCUCACGCUUUCCUUUUGGUUGUUCCCAUCUCCAAAGCAUUCACAGAGAGGGAUUACAAAGCAUUUGUGGAGCUCUUGAUGCCCUUUACUGAGAAAGCAUGGAGACACUGCAUGGUGCUGUUCACUUGGGGAGACUGGCUGAAUGAAUGCCAUAUUGAAGAGUACAUUGCCUCAGAGGGCAAAGCCCUCCAAUGGCUUGUAGGAAAGUGUGGGAACAGAUACCAUGUGCUCAGCGAGUGUCAGUUUGGUGAUCCUGCUCCAGUCAAAGGGCUGUUACAGAAAAUUCUAAACAUGGUAACACAAAACAAGGGAUGCUUUUCAACUGAGGAAAAGCAAAGGAAAUUCUCCAUUCUACGCAGGCAAACAAAACAGCCCAUGUUGACAGAGGAGGAGUGGAACAAAAGGGAACAGAUGCUGGUGGACCGAAUGUUAAAAGCUUUAGCAAAAGAACCAGAGGAGCCAAUGGCGCAAGCUGUAACGAUGGCCCACAGCAUCGAUGACUUAUAUAUUCCAAGCAUGAGUGGAGAUGCCCCCUCAGAAUAUAGGAGCACCACAGAGUUCAGGAAGGAAAGAGCACAUAAUAAUGUUGCUGAGUGGCUCAAAAGAAGAAUGAAACACUCUGAUACCACCUCUGGGAUUGGCACCAUUUCUUCAUUUGGCACGAAUCUGGAAAGGUUAGAGGAACAUUCCUUGAAAGAUGACCCUCAAACAGCAAGUCCUGCUUUUCCAGAAAAGGAAAUAGUAGUUACUUCUCAUGCGGGAGUCUUCUUAAACGCCCCAGAUGUCAAACGCAGAAACUCUUGUUAGACAAAAUAAGUUAAACAGAAGAUAGAAGAAAUUCUGUUAUUCUGUUAAAGUUCUGUUAAGUAUGUUAAAAGGUUUUAUUGUUAUGGGUAGUGUGGUAUUUAUCUAAUGUUUUAAACUGUUAUAAAACUCAUCUUAUGACAGUACAUGCAAUUUCUGAAUGUUAGCUAUAAUGUAAGCAAAAAAAAGAAGCCUAAAUGAGCCUUUUCUUUUAGUGCAAUGAUCUCUAAGCAAAUAUUUGUUACAUUUUUUUUAAAGAUACCUGGGAUGUUUUGUAGUGGGAAUAAAACAAUGAAGAAAUGUAAAUGCAAAGUUUUUAUUUAUGUUUAUAUCAACAUAUAUCAAUCCUAACUAAUCUAAGGGGGACAAUGAUCAAUGUAUAUACUUAAAUGCAUAUACCUUCGUUUUUUCAUAAU